AUGAGCGCGCAGCUUCGAGCCGCUGCGGCCAUCACCCCCGCCGCCCGCCGCGUCAUCUCUGGGCCUGCUGCCGUCCGGCGCUUCCAUCACUACCAUCAUCUGCCUACUGGUGGUAUCCAGCGCGUCGAGAUUGCCGCCCGGGGCCUUCGUCGCUCCGUGCAGUUCCCCGCCCUUGCCAACGCCUAUCACAACAAUGCCGUCAUCGUCCGAAACGCCUCUUUCACGCGCCUGCUGCCCAAGCUGGCCCUCAAGUUCAUUCGCGUUCCCGCCUUGUUCGGCGGCAUGAUGUUGGGAGCCGUCGGCUGGGUUCAGUAUCAAGCCAUCAAGGUCAGCAACUCCGCCCAGGAGUUCUACGGCAAUAUCAAGGCUACCGUCGCAGACACCGCGUUCAGUGUCUGGAGCAGUGCCGUAGAUAUCGCGGAACAGACGAAACGAGGAUGGGAGAACACUAAGAACCAGUUCGAAAUUCCGGAAUGGCUAGAUAGGAUCAUGAAGGGCGAGGGUCUUGCCGGCGAGGGCAGCGGUUCCGGCGAGGGCGGCCCGAACGGAGGGCCAGAGCCCCCGAGGCAGAGCCGAGCUGGCGCUGCUACCGUCGCUGGGGCUUCGGCUACUGUUUAUGGUUACGGUGCGUCCGACAAUGACGAUCGCACGCCUGAGGAGAUCAUGCGUGACGACAACAUGAUGUUUAUCACCAAAAAGAUGAUUGAGAUUCGCAACCUGUUGCAGAAGGUCGGCCAGGGCAGCACCGUCACCCUGCCGUCCAUAGUCGUCAUCGGCUCACAGUCAUCCGGCAAGAGUUCCGUGCUGGAGGCCAUCGUGGGCCACGAGUUCCUGCCCAAGGGCAGCAACAUGAUCACUCGUCGCCCCAUCGAGCUGACCUUGGUCAACGACCCCGAGGCCAAGGUCGACUACGGAGAGUUUCCUGACCUUGGUCUUGCUAGGGUUACCGACUUCUCCCUUAUCCAAAAGACCUUGACCGAGCUCAACCAGUCAGUCCCCGAAUCAGAGUGUGUGACCGACGACCCGAUCCGGCUCACCAUCCACUCGCCGAACAUCCCGGAUCUGUCGCUCAUCGAUCUUCCCGGGUACAUCCAGGUCGCUGGCGAGAACCAGCCUAGAGAGCUGAAGCGGAAGAUUACCGAACUGUGCGACAAGUACAUUCGCGGCCCCAACAUUAUCUUGGCCAUCUCUGCCGCCGACACAGAUCUGGCCAACUCUACUGCGCUGCAGGCCAGCCGUCGGGUUGAUCCUCGUGGCGAGCGAACCAUCGGUGUCAUCACCAAAAUGGACCUGGUUGAGCCGGAGAAGGGUGCUGCCAUACUUUCCGACAGGCAGUACCCCCUUAAAUUGGGCUACGUUGGUGUCAUCUCCAAGCUUCCCCCUCAGUCGGGUCUCUUCAGGCGUGAUACCGGCAACUUGCUUGCCAGUAUCAACCGCAACGAGAAGAAUUAUUUCGGCUCGCACCCGACCGAGUUUGGUCCCGACUCUGGCGUCAGCACGGGCGUCAUGACCCUCCGCAAGAAGCUACUUCAGGUCCUAGAGCAGCAAAUGUCUUCCAAGCUGAAUGAGACAACCGAGGCCAUUCAGCGUGAGCUUGAGGAAACCACUUACCAAUUCAAGGUGCAAUAUAAUGAGCAGCCCAUGAGCGCCGAGUCUUACCUCGCCGCUAGCUUGGAUGACUUCAAACAUCAGUUCCACGAAUUCGCGUCCAGCUUUGGCCGGCCGCAGCUCCAGACCCUGCUUAAGGAUGCCCUCGACCAGAAGGUUCUCGAUCAGCUCGCUGCACGGUACUGGAACCGUCCGAUCGAGGAUCUUUCGCCCGCUCCUCGUGAACCUGACAACAUUAUCGACCUACCCAAGGCCGACCCUGACUCGCCGUACUGGCAUCGCCAGCUGGACACCGCAUGCUCUGGCCUGACACGUCUCGGCGUUGGCCGUCUGGCCGCCACCGUCGCGGCCUCGGCCAUCCAGCAGCACGUCGAGAAGCUGCUGGACAAGUCGUCCUUCGCGAAGCACCCGUCCGCUCGCAAAGUCAUCAGUGAUGCUGCGGCAACCGUGCUGGCUGACCGGUCGUAUGCGACCAGCGACGGCAUCGAGAUCUCGCUGAAACCCUACAAAUUUGAUCCUGAUAUCCAGCCGAACGAGUGGGCGCAGGGCAGGGAGCAUGUCGUUGGCGUCCUGCAGGCUGAGCUUGAACAGUGUCAGGCGGCCAUGAAGGCGCUCGAGAACUCGGUUGGCGGCAGAAAGAAGCUGAAGGAAGUAAUGUCCUUUGUGGAUAAGGCCCGAAAGGGCGAGAUUAUCGUUGAGGGAGAUCACCCCAGCGGUGCGGGUGGGUUUAGUGCCGCCCUGUUGGCAAGAGGCCGCGAAGCCGUCUUCCUCCGCGACCGCGCCGACAUCCUGUCCCUGCGCAUCCAAGCCGCCAAAUCUCGCCAGUGCAAAACCCUGACCAACAAGUACUACUGUCCGGAAGUCUUCCUCGAUGCGGUCGCGACCAAGCUGGCCCAGACCGCCGUGCUUUUCCUUAACGUCGAGAUGCUCAACGACUUCUAUGUGCGCUUCCCUCGCGAGGUCGAGGCCAAGCUGCAUGAGCACAUGCAUGCUGGCGGCGGGCUCGAGAAAUUUGCCCGCGAGGAUCCCAAGGUGCGCAGGCAUCUGGAUCUGAUCAGGCGCAAGGAGCUGUUAGAGACCGUCCUGGGGAAAAUCGAGGAACUGCAUAGGAUCAGCAGUGGGACCGCGGGUACUUUGGGACUAAGGGGAGCUGGAGACCUGAAGAAGAGGAUUGGUGCUCCUUCCAGCAGCGGAAGGAGGUCAUUCUUUUAA